AUGCAUCUCCAAAAAUUCCUCGUCAUUCUCUCUUCCCUCACUGUCGUUGGAUUUUCAGCUCCAGUAGUUUCACAAGAAGAAAACUUCGAAAUCACCGAAUACAGUGAACCUAAAGCUCUAAUCCUUGCCCAACAUAGCUCCUCGCCCAAAACUCACUACAUCUCACCCAUCACCGAAAGCAAUGCAGCCGCAGCUACAGACAAAACCAUCGAGCGAGCUCUCGGUCGCAAAAACCUCGACGAACCCCUCGAAAUUCUCGUCCCAACAUCUAUAUCAAAGCAGAAAAAGCGCGGAGACGACACCAUCGUCUGGGUUCCACCACCACCAACUUCGAAAAUUCCUCUAGCACGUGGAGAUGCAACUGUGGUUUGGGUUCAACCUCCACCUACGUCGAAGAUUCCUGUGUGA